CCCUCCAUUACCCUGCUUCUUCUCCCUCUCCGAUCCUCCCCCCUUCUCUUUCUCUCUCUCUCAUUGUGUUUGAUCCUUCUCCGUGGGGGGACGGAGGAGAAAUUGGGGCGAGUUGAAGAAGAUAUGGUUGAAGCCUCACCAAGCAGAGGGGUAAUGGGCCGAACGAAACCCUAAUUCCUAAUUAUAGGCAUGUUUAGCUAGAUUUCAAUAAGACAGAAUGGGUCGUCCAGAGCCGUAUGUUUUAUUUGCCCAAACAAUUCUUCAUUCUCAACUUGACGAGUAUGUCGAUGAGGUAAUAUUUGCUGAACCUGUUGUAAUCACUGCUUGUGAGUUUCUUGAGCAGAAUGCCUCCCCUUCCACGCCAAGUAUAUCGCUGAUUGGGGCUACUUCACCUCCUUCGUUUGCUUUGGAGGUUUUUGUCCAUUGUGAAGGGGAGUCACGAUUUAGGCGCCUUUGCCAGCCUUUCCUAUACUCGCAUUCUUCAUCCAAUGUGUUGGAAGUUGAGGCCAUUGUUACCAACCACUUGGUGUUGCGUGGCAGUUAUCGCAGUCUCACGCUGGUUGUUUAUGGAAAUACAGCUGAGGACCUUGGUCAAUUUAACAUAGAAGUGGAUUUGGACAAUUCUCUCACAAAUGUAGUUUGUUCUCCAUCAGAGGGAAGGCUUGAAGACCUCCCGCUAGCAUUACAUUCAUCUGAAUUGGCAUUUGAGGAAUCAGUGUCUUCACUAAAAUCCUUAGGUUUUCGAUCUCCUGAAUUCGAUAUUUUGCCUGAAGUGAAGCAAUUUUUGUUGCUAGCCUUUCAGAUAUGCCAAUUAGUCGAUACUAACGACAUGGCUUCUAAUGUCGUAAGUGCUGUUGAGUCAGUCGCUUCAUCGUGUGCUGUGGUUAACACUGACAGCGCACUGCAUUCUUGGGACCAAGAAUUGUUGAGUGCACUCGUUGGCAGCAAAAGAGAUAGUCCAAAGUUUCUUAAUGUUCUUGCUGAUGCUAGGAAUGAGCUUCUUGAAAUCUGGAAGAAUCUUCAAUCUGAAAAUGGAAGUUGUGAAUUAAUGGAAGAUGAAUUGGAAACCCAGUUGCCUACCACUGAAAUGCUUGUUGACAUGUUUUAUCAAUGUUUCCCGUUCUUUAGGAAAGCCUCCACUCUUGACCUUCCGUUCUUCUCUCAGAGCAAAAACUUGGUUUUCGCCUUGGGCUUGAUCCUUCUUGUCUGCUCUUCAAGGGAGGGUUGCUCUCAUUUUGUUAGUGGUGGUGGAAUGGAUCAAAUUAUUCAUCUUCUUCACCGAGAGAUACCGAAAUCAACAGCUACCACAUUACUCUUACUUCUUAUCAUUGAGUGUGCUACUCGACAUGGCAUUGGAUGUGAAUCAUUUCUGGGGUGGUGGCCACGUAGAGAUUUUGUCGUCCCGUUUCGUGUUAGUGACGGUUACUGCUAUCUAUUGGAAUUGCUAUUGGAAAAGCAGAGAGAUGAUAUUGCCUCUCUUUCUACGUAUGUCCUACAUCGGUUGCGUUUCUUUGAGAUAUUGUCCAGAUAUGAGUCUGCAGUGGUCUUCUUACUGACCAACCUACCCGCUGAUGGUCAGCUUGCCACUGAUGGAGUUACAUCCCUUGUUGAUGCAAAUUCACAGCUUAAGCAUAUCUUGAAAUCAAUAAAUUCUUAUGGCCCUAUUGAAGAUCCCUCACCACGGUUUGUGCGAAGAAUAUCUAAUCUUGGCAAUACUGAAGAUUUAUUGUCUUAUAAAGCAACCGUCAACUUUAUAGCCACGUCCAAGUAUAGUUUUGCAAGGUCUGAUUUUGAUCCGUAUCUGUUAUCCCUUUUAAAGGAACGGGGAUUUUUUCCUUUGUCAGCUGCUUUGUUAUCAUCUGCCACAUUGAGAUCAGCCAGUGGGAGUGCGGCAGACAGUUUUUUGGAGAUUGCUACAUCACUUGAGCUCAUAUUGCUUUCUUUCCUUUUCUGUCGUUCAGGCUUAUCGUUUCUGCUUGUUCAACCUGAAGCAACUGAGCUCUUGAUUCUCGCCUUUCAAGAUGGGGAAGAUAUCAGUAAAACAGAAUGCAUGACUCUCAGACAGGCAACUGUUCUUUUGUCGAAGGGAUUCUUUUGCCGUCCGCAAGAAGUUGGGAUGAUUAUAGAGCUCUAUCUUAGAGUGGUAACUGCUGUUAGUCGCUUACUUGCUGCUGCUCCUAAUUCCGAUGAAUUUCUAUGGGCUCUUUGGGAACUCUGUGCUAUAUCCAGGACUGAUACUGGUCGGAAAGCUUUGUUGGCACUAGGCUAUUUCCCAGAGGCUCUUUCAGUUCUGCUGGAGGCAUUGCGUUCAUACAAAGAUCUAGAGCAAACUGCUAUAACCAGCGGAGCCUCACCUUUAAGUUCAGCCAUCCUUCAUUCUGCUGCGGAAAUUUUUGAAGUGAUGGUCGCAGAUUCUGCUGCUUCAUCUCUUAAAUCUUGGAUUGGACUGGCUGUAGAGCUUCACAAGGCUCUACACUUAUCUUCUCCAGGAUCGAAUAGGCAGGAUGCUCCUACAAGGUUGCUGAAAUGGAUAGAUGCUGGUGUUAUUUACCACAAGAACGGGACUAUUGGGCUCCUUCAAUAUGCUGCUAUUUUAGCUUCUGGGGGAGAUGCUCAUCUUUCUUCGUCGAGUAUACUUGUAUCUGAUUCAAUUGAUGUAGAGAAUGUAUUUGGGGAUUCAACCAGCAGUUCAGAUGGCCUGGUUAUUGAUAAUCUUCUUGGAAAGCUCGUCUCUGACAAGUACUUUGAUGGAGUCCCCCUUACCAGCACUUCUAUAGUUCAACUGACAACAGCGCUUCGUAUUUUGGCAUAUAUUUCUGAAGAUUCAGCUGUGGCUGCAACUCUUUUUGAAGAGGGGGCUGUUACUCUCGUGUAUGUGGUUUUAGUCAAUUGCAAGUCUAUGCUCGAGCGCUGGUCUAACAGUUAUGAUUACCUUGUUGAUGAAGGAGCAGAGUCAAGCUCGACUACUGAUUUGCUUUUUGGCCGAAGUCAUGAAAAGCGCCUUCUUGAUCUUAUUAUUCCUUCUCUUGUCUUGUUGAUUAAUCUCCUUCGGAAAUUGCAGGAGACAAAGGAGCAGUACCGCAAUAAAAAGUUACUUAAUGCACUUCUACAACUCCAUCGGGAAGUAAGCCCAAGACUAGCAGCGUGUGCCGCAGAUUUAUCCUUCUUAUAUCCUAGCCCUGCUCUGGGCCAUGGUGCCAUUUGUCAUCUUAUUACAUCGGCAGUUGCUUCCUGGCCCAUUUUUGGUUGGGCCCCUGGACUCUUCCAUUCUCUUCUUGAAAACAUUCAGGCCACUUCCUCGGCAGCACUGGGCCCAAAAGAUGUCUGUAGUCUACUUUCUCUUCUGGGUUAUCUAUUUCCAGAUGAAGGUAUAUGGCUGUGGAAAAAUGAAAUGCCCCCACUGAGUGCUGUUAGAGCUUUGAGUAUUGCAACAGUUUUAGGACCUCAAGUAGAGAGACAGAUUAACUGGUACUUGUUGCCAGAACAUUCGUCACUACUGCUCAUUCGGUUGACACCACAGCUCGAUAAAAUUGCACAAGUUGUCCUGCACUAUGCUACUUCGGGUUUAGUGGUCAUACAAGAUAUGCUUCGAGUUCUAAUAGCCCGCAUUGCCUCCCAAAGGGCAGAAUGUGCAGUUGUACUUCUACGGCCAACAAUCUCAUGGUUGGAUAAUCAUGUUGAUGAAUCAUCUCUAUCAGAUACAGAUAUCUUCAAGGUGCAUCAAUUGCUUCACUUUAUCGCUAGCUUGUUAGAACACCCCAACUCCACGGCGUUAUUAAGUAAGAUGGGGACUGUUAGGAUACUUGGUAAAGUACUAGAGAUAUGUAGCAACGCAUUUUAUUCGGAAGGAAAGCUGACUCGUGAAAGCAGAGGUUCUUCUAGAAAUAAUAUUUUGCUUAGCUGGAGUCUUCCUGCAUUUAAGUCUUUGGCAUUGAUCUUUAAUGCCCAGUCAUCCCCAAAACAAAUUGCAGUGCAUGACGAGUUCUUGAAUGAAAACAUCAGUCUUGAAGAAAGCUCUUUGAUUGUGCGCCAUCUCCUGAAGUUAUGUCAGGUACUACCAGUUGGAAAGGAAUUGUUGGCAUGUGCCAUGGCUUUCAAGGAGCUAGUUUCGUCCAAACAGGGUAGAAGUUCUCUUUCAGUAAUAUAUUCUCAAGCUUUAGGUCCUAAUCAGGAGCUAGAACAAGAUGAAAGGGAUACUGAUGAAAACUAUUCCAAUGAGUAUAGUUGGUUGCAGUCCCUUCCCUUCUUAAAAUGCUGGAAGAAGCUUUUGAGAUCUCUGGAUUCUAAUGACAGUUGUGCGAACUUUGUGGUAGAAACAGUUUAUGUGUUAUCGUUGAGUGCUGUUUGCCUAAGCUUGGAAGGUGACAGUGUGGAGGGAAUCAAUAUUUUGAAGUACCUUUUUGGGCUUCCAUGUGAGCCAGGCGGUGCUGCAGAUAUUUCUGAUGAAAAGCUGAACGAGGUUGUAAAUUUGCUAAAAACAUUGGAGGGAAAUAUUGCUGAGAAUGAGAAUUCAACUGCGAUAGUCGGAAAAUCCGCUUUAGAUCAUGUCAAGGAGUCCUUAAAAGCAGUAUCUCUUCUGCUUCACAGCACUUCUGAUUCACUAUCCAAUUCACAACUAGCUGUUUGUACAGAAAGUCUUGAAACCCCCAGCAAUGCUAUUCGAUCCAUUGUUAUGACAUCACAGUUAAUGCCAUCUUUAAGCACAUUACCGUUGAAUGAAGAGGCUGCACUUUUUUUCUCGAAUGCCUGGAAAUUCAUUGGAGAUUCAGAGAAAACUAGCAAUGACUUUCCAAACGGGGAAUUCUUGGAGAAAUUUGUGUGGGAAUGUUCUGAUUCUUCUCUUGGGAAGCAUCUGUUGCCAGCUCAAUCUGCAAAGAGGAGACUUCCACCAGGAGAUGGAUCCAGUAAACGUACACGGGAUGCUGCCGGUUCCGAAGCUACUACGUCGAAUGUGUUUUCUCGAGGGGUGAAUGCACAAAACGCCCCUCUAGGACCCACUCGCAGGGAUACAUUCCGUCAGCGCAAACCUAACACGAGCAGACCGCCUUCAAUGCAUGUAGAUGACUAUGUCGCGAGAGAGAGAAACAUUGAUGGUGCAAGUAGUGGAUCUAAUAUAGUAAAUACUAACCAGCGUGGUGGGUCCAUUAGUGGACGGCCUCCAUCGAUCCAUGUGGAUGAAUUCAUGGCAAGGCAAAGGGAGCGCCAAAAUUCCAUUCCCACUCUUGCAGCUGGUGAUGCAUCACAACCCAAGAGUUCGGAUCUCCUGAAUAAUAAUGGUCCUCCUAAACCUGAUCAACCGCAGAAGCUAAGAGCUGAUCUUGAUGAUGAUGAGAUUGAUAUCGUUUUUGAUGAGGAACCGGGCUCUGAUGAUAAGCUACCAUUUCCCCAACCAGAAGAAAAUUUGCCAUCACCAACUGUUGCUGUGGUCAAAAGCUCUCCAGGUUCAGUCGUCGAGGAGAGUGAAGGAGAUCGAAAUGGAAAUGUUCGUUUUAAUCAGAUUGGUAGUACACCACAAGCAUCUAGAUCUCAAAUAUCCACAACACAAGAAUUGAGCGUGCCUUCAGAGAAGAACACUUCCUUGCGUGAUCGAUCUGAAUCGAAUUAUUCUUCACAACCUUCAACAAAUAUUGCUGGCUUUCCCUCUCCUUUUUCUAAUGCACGAAGUUCAGCACCAUUGCCACUUCAACAAUUUUCCUCGUCCUAUUUAUAUCAGGGGAAAAGCCCACAGAAGGAACAGACGCUUGGUAAUGCACAGCCUCCUUUGCCUCCAACGCCCCCUCCAGCUGCUGUCGUUUCGUCACCAUUUGUGAACACUUCAAGAGAUGUGCAACCACCACUUCCUACUGGAUAUCCCCUUCAAGCAUUCGAUGUUGGUGGCCCCAAUAAUGUUGCUGGGCUACAGCUUCAGUCGGAGAAUAUGUUAUCAACUGGUAAUGGUUCGUGGAAUUCUAUCACAGGAAGUAGGAUGCAUUUGCCUCCGCUUCCUCCCCCACCGUACUCUAAUCCAAUCACUCAUUCGCCUGCACUGCAUUCUGGUUCCCCAGCCUCACUGUAUAACCCAAGUACCUCUAACGUCGGAACCCUAACCUUACCUACACCUUCACUUAUUAGUGAUACGGGGUUGGGCAUCCUCCCUGCAUCAGGAAAUAAUAAUCUAUCUGCGUAUUCACUACCACCAUUCACGCCAUCAUUGCUGAUCAAUCGACCCAAUUCAUUGCCCGGAUCAGUUUUUAGUCCACAGCAAGGUCAGAUUCCUUCUAAUCUCUCACAUAUCCUCCCAAACUCCCAGCCUUCAUCCAUACAACCACGACCGCCACCGCCACCGCCGCCACCACCUCAGCUACCACAUCCUUCUCAGACUCCGCAGCAAGCAACUCCUAUUCAAAUGCCACAACCACAUGCUGAGCAAGCUAUGCCAUUCGCACAAAGCUCCGUUCAACUUCAGGUUCCCUUACAGUUUCAGCAGCAGCUGCAUGUUCCUCAGAUGCAGUUUUAUUAUCCAACCCAACAACUGGAAUCUGUUUUACCACAACCAUCACAGCCGGCGGUUGAGCAUCAGCAACCUCAAAAUCAGGGUCUUCAAGUUGAUAGCUUGUCUCAACAGCAAAAAGAUGCGGGGAUAAGUUUACAGCAAUAUUUCUCCUCUCCCGAAGCUAUUCAGUCACUGCUAAGUGACCGAGAAAAGCUUUGCCAGCUUCUAGAGCAGCAUCCUAAACUAAUGCAGAUGCUUCAGGAGCGGUUGGGCCAGAUAUAGCUGUCCGCGACACUUGGAAUGGCGGGAUCACAUAUCUGUUACGUUUUUCACGACGAAACGAAACUGAUUAUACUGCCACCAGGGAUCACAUCUCUGAACUCGGGACUGAUUAUACUACUACCAAGGAUCACCUCUCACAUUUUACAAGAAACUCGGGACUGAUUGUACCGCCACCAGCGAUCUCUCUCUCUCUCUCUCUCUCAUGGCAGCAGUUCUCUCUACAGGCUAGGCCAAGCAAAAUUCAUUAUCUUAGGACUAGCAUCAUAGCUCUUGUAAGCAGCUGGCCAUGCCCAUUUAAUUCACAUGUAACAUUGUUUUCUGUAUAAGCUGUGCAUAAAAUGUAACAUUAGUAGUUAAGAAACAUGUAACGUUUUGUACGCUUAAUAGUAAAUUUUCCAAAAGUUGGGUGCAGUUGCAUGUAAAUCAA